UUGAAGACCUGGGCUCGGUUCAGUAAGCUGCCCUACCCUGGGGACAAGGCUUUCCUCUACGAUACCUUCCCGGAGGAGUUCAUGUGGGCGGUGGGCACGGCUGCGUACCAGGUGGAGGGGGCGUUCGAGAAGGACGGGAAGGGGCUCUCCAUCUGGGACACUUUUACGCGCGGGGGGAACCGCAUGGCCACCGGGGACGUGGGCAGCGACAGCUACCACAACAUCCAGGCCGACGUCCGAGCCAUCCGGCAGCUGGGGGUCAGCCACUACCGCUUCUCCCUGUCCUGGUCCCGGCUCUUCCCCAACGGAACCCGGGGGAGCCACAACCAACUGGGGACCAACUACUACCGGAGCCUGUUCAAGAGGCUGAAGGAGAUCCGGGUCCAGCCGGUGGUCACCCUGUACCACUGGGACCUGCCGGACCAGCUCCAGCACCAACUGGGAGGCUGGACUAACCCGGAGCUGGUGGACAUUUUCACAGACUACGCGGACUUCUGCUUCCAGACCUUCGGGGAGGAUGUCCGGUACUGGAUCACCAUAGACAACCCGUUUGUGGUGGCGCGGCACGGGUACGGCACCGGAGUGGUGGCCCCCGGGAUAAAGAACGACCCCGACCUACCGUUCCGGGUCGGACACAAUCUGCUGAAGGCUCACGCAGCUGUAUGGCAUCUGUACGACCGCCACUACCGCCCCCGGCAGAAAGGUAAGCUGUCCAUGGCGCUGGCCUCUCAUUGGAUCAAACCCAGUCGCACCCGCAGAGAGAGCCACCGGGAGUGCCAGUGCUCCUUGGACCACGUCCUUGGCUGGUUCGCCCGGCCGCUGUUCACAGACGGAGAUUACCCCCCCUGCAUGAAGGAGAGGCUGGGCUCGCGGCUGCCCUCCUUCACCCGGGAGGAGAGGGAACAGGUGAGGGGGACCGCUGACUUCUUCGCUUUGUCUCAUGGAGCGACGUUGAGUUUCCAGCUCAUCAACGACAGCCUGAAGUUUGGGCAGGUGGAAGUUCUGGACCUGAGGAUGCUGCUCUACUGGGUCAGCGCCGAGUACGACAAACCUCCCAUCUUUGUGGUGGAGAGUGGUUGGUAUGUCCUCGGCAACACCAAGACAGAAGACCCAAAACACAUGUACUACCUCAAGAAGUUUAUAGCAGAGGCACUAAAAUCGAUCACUAUAGAUGGUGUGAAUGUAAUCGGAUACACAGCCUGGUCCCUGAUCGACGGCUUCGAGUGGCACAGGGAGUAUGGGAUACGACGGGGGCUUUACUACGUUGACUUUAACACUCCAGAAAUGGAGAGAGAACCUAAGACGUCUGCCACCUUUUACCGGAACGUCAUCCAGAAGAAUGGUUUUCCUGAACUUCCAGAGAAUAGACCGGCUCAAGGCGUCUUCCCAUGUGAUUUUUCCUGGGGUGUAUCCGCCAACUCCAUUCAGGUGGAGACCACGCCGAGCCAGUUUGCAGACCCCAGUGUUUACCUCUGGAACAUCUCCAAUAACGGAGAGCUGAUGAGGCUGGAGGGCAUCAGUGCACCACCUUUACGCAGGACCACACACUGCGCUGAUUACGCCACCAUCCAACAUCAGGUGGAUGAAAUCCGUCAGAUCGGUGUGAACCACUUCCACUUUUCCCUCAACUGGUCCGCUCUGGUGCCUUCAGGUGACGUGGCUCACCCUAACACCACGUUGCUGGGUUACUACCGGUGCUUCACCCGGCAGCUGCUGCAGGCCAACGUCACACCUGUGGUCACUCUUUGGCAUCACACACGUCUGCGCAGCAGUGUGCCAGCCCCGCUGGACGCCGCCAACAAGUGGCUGAACAGGAAGACUCCAGAGGCGUUUGCAGACUAUGCCAGACUUUGCUACAGAGAGCUUGGGGCCCAUGUGAAGCUGUGGAUCACCCUGAAUGAGCCUAAUGAUGAGAUGGUGAGCUACCAGGAGGGCCAUCAGAUGCUGCGGGCUCAUGCUCUGGCCUGGCACGCCUACGACCGAGAGUUUAGACACAUACAAGGAGGACAGGUGUCUCUGGUUCUGCACAUGGACUGGAUGGAACCGGCCUUUUCAUUCAGCCGUGAAGACGUGGAACCUGCUAAAAGGAUGUUAGACUUCCGCGUUGGCUGGUUUGCGGAACCGAUCUUCGGAAACGGGGACUAUCCUCUGGGGAUGAGGAGCUGGCUGCGUCAGCUGAAUUCACUAGAGCUGCCGGUGUUCAAUGAGGAGGACAGACACCUUGUUAAAGGGACGUAUGACUUCUUUGCUCUCAGCCACUUCUGUACCAAACUGGUGACUCACGCUAAGGAGGACUCGUACACAUACAAAUCGGUGUUAGAGGUCCAGUACAUGAUAGACACCACGUGGAUCAUGUCUCCACUGCCUGUCGUUCCAUGGGGGCUGAGGAAAGCCCUCAACUGGGUGAAGGAGCACUACUAUGACGUCCCUGUCUACGUGAUGGCCAACGGCGUCCAGGAAGACCCCGCUCACUUCAAAGACAGUUUAAGAGUCUACUACCUGUACAACUACAUCAACGAGGCACUGAAAGCGUACACUCUGGAUGGCGUAAACCUGAAGGGUUACUUUGCUUACGCCUUGAGCGACCAAAGAGAUCCAGGCUUUGGCUUGUACGGCCACAUACACGAAGAGGUCAUCAUCAAAGCUUCCCUGUCCAACUACCGCAACAUUAUCCAGCACAAUGGCUUCCCCAUACAGGGGACUUCACCACAGCAGUGUCCCACCACGCCUCAGUCCUGUUUAGGGUGCCAUGGGCUGGUCAAGAAACCAGUACUGGGCUUCCUGACUCUGGUGGGCUCAGGGGUGCUGAUCACCUUGGGUCUUAUCAUCUACUACACAGCCAAGAGACACAAAGAGUGUUAUUAAUGUUUGUGAAUGUCAGACCUUUUUGGGUCCUUUUAUAAAUGACAAGAAAGGAGAAUGGUGAGUGAUGUGUAUUGUCAGCUUAAUUAUAGCAUUUUGGCCAGAGUUUUGUUGGUUUGUGGGGGUAAAAUGUAAACUUUAUAAGGUUUCUGCAGAAUUCAACAUGUUACAUUUAAGAUUCUAGGACCUUUUCUUGUCACAGACUUAAAUGAUGCUCCUGAUGUUACAGAACAUUGGGUAAGGGAAGGAGUUCACCAGUGCCUUUUUUGUUUUGUUUUUUCUGACUUCCAAUACAACUCUAAUGCCUUAAUAACCCCAAAAACCUUAUUUUGAGCUGUUUUGCAC